GAGAUAGACUCGGUGCUGGGGCAGAGCAUGCCGUCCUACGCUAAACGGAACCUGCUGCCCUAUACAGCAGCGACCCUAGCGGAAGUCCAGCGAAUUAAACCCGUCGCGCCCCUCAGCGUCCCUCACCAAGCGUCCAGGGACACCACCCUCAAUGGCUACAACAUCCCUUAUGAAGGAUUCGUGAUAGUUAUCAACCUGUGGUCCGUGCACAUGGACCCUCGGCUGUUCCCGGAACCCGACACAUUCCAACCCGAACGUUUCCUGGAUAACCACGGAAACUUCUUACCACGCGAGACGCUCAUCCCGUUUGGUAUUGGCCACCGAAUGUGUCUUGGUGAACAGCUGGCUAAGAUGGAGCUCUUCAUGCUGUUUGUCUCCCUGAUGCAGCGUUUCACAUUCAAACUGCCAGAGGGCGCACCAAAGCCUUCCAUGUAUGGAAACUUUAAUGCGGCUAGCUUUGUCAAUCCGCCUAUCCCCUUUGAGUUAUGCGCCUUUCCACGUGAAUAAUAACCUUUAAGGGUUAUGUUUUCCGUGGCGUUUGUGUGUGUGUGUGUGUGUGUGUGUGUGUGUGUGUGUGUGUGUGUGUGUGUGUGUGUGUGUGCGUGUGUGUGUGUGCGUGUGUAAACAGUUUAAAUCUAGAAGUUGUGAAAGGAUUCUUAUGACAUUUGUCAGGUGGAUGGGGGUCUGGAAAGUAAAUAUGGUCCCCUGGCGGAUUUCCAGGGUACUAUAGUGCGUUCAGGAGUUGUACAAUAUAUAAUAAAUUUAACGUAGACUGUAAUGGGGGGACGGAAUACCCGUCUAUGUGCCUUGUCAAGUCGGAACAGAGGGGAGCAACACAACACCUAGAACAGCGCCGUCAACAGGAGGAAGGCAACAAGAGGGAAGUACCUGACCAUUAGAAUAGCCCCGACGUGCAGUCAAUGAAUUGGAAUGCUACAACCAUACGCAACCUUACACCAGUUAGUAAAUUCACGGACGUUUGAGAUGAGACAUACGACGAUUAUGUAUGUGUUUCGUGCAAUUAUUGUGUAUAAGAGUUGUAGUACGAUUGCGUUUUCUCAUUAAUUUGCAAGGUUUAGAUAAAGUGCGAUAACAGAUCAAACUGCUGUGUCAUUAUCAUCAACAACGUGAUAUCCUUUGUGUGAUUACUACAAAGUCAGUCACAGGGAGAUGAAGUAACCAAUGGUUUGCGUUUGGUCAGACAGAAUUUUAAAGACGAGAUUAUUCAGGUGAGGAAUAGAGAACCUUAGUUGCGACCGUAGUUAUCAGAACCAGCAUCAUGUAGUCACGUCAAUUCCCAUUAAAAGUCUCAUAUGUGCAGUGUACGGGAAGCCUUGUCUCUGCCUCCUUUCUUUAUCCUAGCUGUGCUAGUCUUCAAAGUGACAUGUAGACAACCUGGAACCAUCAGUUAUAUGUCCGAAUACUGGAAAUGCAGAAAUGCUCGCGGUGGAUUAAUGUUCGCGGUUUUCGCGGUGACCACUUCACCGCGAACUUAAAUCCACCGCGAACA